AACCACACCAGAAGCCCAGCCAAAAUCUACCUGGCCCCAGCCAACAAUCCCACCAGAUGCCUUCCACCCAAAUGUCGGACCAGCUGCCUCCCACCCAACAGCCCAGCCAGCUGCCUCCCACAGGCAACCGGAAAAGACGCCGUCCAUCAGGAGAACCACACAACCAGCCCAGCCAAAACCUACCUGGCCUCAGCCAACAACCCCACCAGCUGCCUUCCACCCAAAUGUCGACCAGCUGCCUCCCACCCAACAGCCCGGCCAGCUGCCUUCCACUUCCAGCCAUCAACCCAGCCAGUUGUCUCCAAACUAACAGCCUGGCCAGUAACCUCCCAACCAGCUGCCUCACAGCCAUCAACCGGACCAGCUGCCUCAUAGCCACCAACAGGACCAGCUGCCUCACAGCCACCAACCAGACCAGCUGCCUCACAGCCACCAACUGGACCAGCUGCCUCACAGCCACCAACCGGACCAGCUGCCUCACAGCCACCAACCGGACCAGCUGCCUCACAGCCACCAACCGGACCAGGUGCCUCACAGCCACCAACCGGACCAGCUGCCUCACAGCCACCAACCGGACCAGCUGCCUCACAGCCACCAACUGGACCAGCUGCCUCUCUGCCAACAACCAGGCCACCAGAUGCAGCCUAUACGACAGCCUGCAGCAAGCCAGCCAGAUAUGGCUGUUCAAUCGGAUCAAAUGACAACCUCCCAGGGAGAUCAUCAUGCACUGGCGAGGGUCAGGCUCACAGAACAUGAAAAUUAUCGUGAAGAAGGAAUUUUCCUCUUCAGAUAUUGAGAGAAUUAUUGACAUUUUCAAGAGUAAAAAGAACAGAGUUCUUAAGCUGUAAAGUCCAGAACAUGUCUGAGUUAUGUGCCCUUGAAAUGUUCUUUGUUUAUAAAUGUUAUUCCUGUGGUAAAGAAGUGUUGGGACCAGGUAUUUUAGUUCAGCGAUUUUCCUCCUUCUUUAUAAAGUACCGGUAAACGGCACU